AUGAUCAGGGGGCGGGCCCGCCAGCUGAACGUGAGGGCAGAAGCGACGCAGUACGACAUCAAGGAGCUCGCCGACGCUCGUUCCGCCAUCGCCGUCGGGAUUCAGGUGUACGCGGAGGGGCGCUAUGAGGAUGCAUUGGAGAUCUUCGAGGCGGCACUGAGCAAGCCUGGCACGGGCGUGAAGCGCUUCCGGGACAAGCCGGCGGAGAUCAGCCCGGGCGAGCGAGCUGCUGCGCUCUACAACUGCGCGUGCUGCCACAGCAGGAUGGAGAACGUGCGCCCGGGCCUCGUGGCCAUUGCUGGUGCUCUCGAGAGCGGCUUCGAGGGGUUCAAGGAGCUGCGGACCGACCCGGACCUGCAGUACCUGCGCGAUGCGGACCCGGAGAAGUUCGAGGGGCUGGUUGGGCGGUUCGACCCCGGCACGGCGAAGCCAGGCCUCUUCGGGGCGGUCCUGUACCAGCUGGACCCCCGUAACAGCCGCAUCUACAAGAAGUCGACGGGCCAGGACUAG